UAUUAGCAUAUGAAGUUAUCUUUCAUAAAAUAGAAUUUUGUUGUUGGUCAGUUUAUACGUCCUCAUCAUGGAUAAAAGUUGCGACAAUAAUACUAGUAAAAAAAAAAAAGUUAUUGUAUCGGAUGUCAACACUGAGCUGAAUGUAAUGAACAGUCCCCCUCUUAAAGAUUUGCGAAUGUAUCCAUGGAACUGGGGUGAAGGUGCCAACGAGAUUCAACUGAGUCCAGGAAACUCGUGUUCCCCCGAGCUUUUAAGUUCACCCGAAAGUCGAGGUAAUAUUAACGUAGGCCUGACGAAAACAAACAACUCCCGAAAACAGCAGAAAGAAGUUGGUCGGCGGGGAAGGCCACGAUUAGAUACACUGACAAAUCUUAUACUCGAAGGAUCGUCAUCCAGAAGCUCUAUUAAAUGUCAUGUAUGUAACAGGGUAUUUCCCCGUGGGAAAUCUCUUCAAGCCCACUUACGGACACACACAGGUGAGCGACCAUACAUUUGUAAGUUUCUGAAGUGUGGAAAAGCUUUUGCCCAGAGUGGUCAGCUGAAGACGCACCAGAGACUUCACACUGGAGAAAAACCAUUUUGCUGUUCUGCAGCUGGAUGUACAAGCCGGUUCACCCACGCCAACCGUCAUUGUUCUCAUCACCCUUGGGCAGUACUUCAGAGAGAACAGUCUACUUCCCAACAGCUUAGAAUACCGUCACUAUACAGUGAUGAAAACAGUCACAAGCAAGACAUCAG